AAAAGGAGCACCUUGGAGGCCUUGUGGCUUUCUCCCCAGAGGGCUCUACGGUUUCUCAGCAAAACAAAGGAAACAAGGAAGGAUAGUUUCUCUUGUUUCCAGGAUUUCUUCCUUCUUUUUCAUCCAGCAGAAAGGGACUGAGCAUAAGGGGGAAAGAACAGAGGUCUAAGAAUUCAUACUCCUCUUCAAGAGAAGUGGAUGGUCCCUGUGUUGCCUGUUCCAGCAAGGUCUUCAAUGCCAAGAACUGUAAAAGUGAACAGAAAUGAAUGAACAAUCAGACAAAAACAGUUCCACUCACGAGGGACACACAGGUCAAAGUUCUCCUGAGAAAAACUGUCAGAUUGGACAAAAGCAACUGCAACAGAUAGAGCGGCAGUUAAAAUGCUUGGCGUUUCAAAACCCCGGACCACAGGUAGCCGACUUUAAUCCUGAAACAAGGCAGCAGAAAAAGAAAGCUCGGAUGUCAAAGAUGAAUGAGUAUUUUUCUGUAAAAUACAAAGUUAGGAAGAAGUAUGACAAGAGUGGCAGGCUGAUCUGUAAUGACGCCGAUCUGUGUGACUGCCUGGAGAAGAACUGUCUGGGGUGCUUCUACCCUUGCCCCAAGUGCAACUCCAACAAGUGCGGGCCCGAGUGCCGUUGCAACCGACGCUGGGUCUAUGAUGCCAUUGUCACCGAAGCCGGGGAGGUCGUCAGCUCGCUGCCCUAUCCGGUCCCGGACUAGGGGCUGUUGCCCAUGGGCUGGCUUGGUUCUCCUUCCUGACAGCUAAGCCAUCCUCUUUCUCCUGGGGGGUUAGAUUUUAGGGUGUAGGGAAGAUCCUGGGAAAGCAUAUCAAAGACUUAUGUUCUCUGAAGCUGUUAGAACAAUGUAGCAGGGGCAGUCACGCUGUCCCGUCUCCUGUGUCAUCCUGCACACCUUCACCUUGUACCCAGAGAAUGACAGUGCGUGAUCUCAGCAUCGCCUCCCUGGGACUCCCCUAUCUCUGCUCUCGGUGAACAAUCUCUUGCAUCUUUUACUACCUGCGACCAGGUGGUUUUAUGAUUUUCAGAAUUCUGCAGCUGGGAGCUUUUCUUACCUAGGACAAAAUCCUGAGCUUAUCAGACCCACUGACCCUUACCCCAGUUCCAAGUCGGAAGUGCUCUCUGAAUGAAAAAUAGUCUCACACCUCGUGAUUUUGUACUGUAUGUGCAUAUCUUAUUUUCUUAUUACUGUUUUGAUAAUGUUCAGAGUAAAUCUGGUCACACUUGGCAAAAUUUUUAUGAACAA